UGAAGUACUUUGGUUCAGUAAAUAAAUACAGGAUGAGCAGUAAAAGAUAAUGGAUGGUUAGCCUCUAUGGGUCUAUGGGAGGUAAACAUCUAGUUCUUUCAGAAGAGUGAUGAAUUGUAACUGUGCUCUUCAGGUGGAGAGGGAGAUGGAAGAACUCCGUAAGAUCUACAGGAAGCGGUCAGAGGAAGAGGAGGAAGAAGAAGCUGGCACCUGCUGGCAGGAAAUGCUCCAAAAGAUCCUCACCUGUCAGGAACUGGGAGACAAUUAUGUCCAGACAUUCUCCACGGGAACUUGUCAGCUAACAAGGGUUCAGUUGAAACCAUGAGGCCUCAUGAAUAAGUACAAUAUGUAUCUGUGGACCGUGAAGAAGAGUCCUUGCAGAUGUUCAUUUAUAUCCGUGUGUCAGGUCUCAACAACGCUGAACCUGCAGUUGCUGGUGUCGGCGGUGCAGCAGACGGUGGAGCAACUUGUCAGAACCAAACAGGAAGUCAACGGUCUGAGGAGUCUGCAACAAAAGCAGAUUCGGCAGCGGGAGCAGUACUCCAGGAAAUACCAGGAGAGACUGCACAAGAUCUGGGUUCAGAAUGGCAGACCUCCAGGUUGAUUGAGCGCUUCAGCCAGGCCAGACCAUAUUUUACUCAGCUAGACUCCAAGGUGGAGUUCAUGGUGAAGAGCUGGAAGGCUCUGAGCAGGGUCCAUGACCGGCUGGAGGUGGAGGAUUCGAAGGGGGUGAAAGAGGAGGACCCUUCCGAGCUAGUGAAACUCCAGCAGGAAGUGAAGAACAAGAUCCAUCAGAGCGAGUUGAUCCUGGAGCUGAGCAGCAGAUUCCACCUCACAGCCAAACAGUUGGAGGCGCUGCUCCAGUCGGACCCUUUAACUGGUUCCACUGGUUCAUGUGAGGUGGAUCAGAGUCGACGAAGAGGGAAACAAAUCCAGAGUCAGUUUGAUACAGCGUCAAUGCUGAUGACACAAAUCUGCUGUGCCAUCACCCACAGUGGUAUGACGUGUUUCAGAGUGAAGCAGCUGGAGACUCGUCUGGCUUCUCUGGACUUGUGCAUGAACGAAACAAAUCGCCGUGACGACAAGCUACUAACCCGCCUCCUCCUCAAUGACAUCAUACAGCUUCGUGACUCCUUCAAAGAGCUGAAGAAGGGAUUCAGCAACCGCAGGUUUAUCUUCCUGAAGAGACACGACAGCAUGAGGAACCUGAAGGCCACCAGGAACCAGCUGCAACAGGUGGACCUGAACGAGGAGAAGCUGCAGGUGCUCCGAAAACGUCUGCAGGGAUUGACCGCCCGGCUGGGGUCAGAGGUCAGGGACAGGGGAGCAGCCCGGGAGGCAGAGGAUGCCAUCAACGAGCUGCAGAAACAGAUGGGCGAGUUUGAGAGAAGUGUUGGCGAACACCAGAAGACUCUGGAGAUGAGCUGCAGACUGCAGCGAGCCAUGCAGGAGCAUCACUCGUGGUGUGAGGACGCCGGCGCCAGCAUCACUCGCGUCAGGAAGCUUUCCUCCGAGUGUCGCAGCACAGAAGCCGUGGCCGUCCUCCACCGGCAGUUUGAGAAGUUCGUCUGGCCGACGGUCCCUGAGCUGGAGGACAGGAUCCGUCAGAUCACCCAACUGUCUGUCCGGCUGCACGGGGCGGAGAAGGGGCGGUGCUACACGGAGAAGACGGUCAGUAAACACUACGACAUGAUGGAGGCCAUCAGAGAGCUCAGCGAUGCACUGAUGGAGCUCGGGACAAAACUGAAGCUGGAGGUUCUCAAACAGCAGAACCAUAAGGAAGAUGAAGAGAAGAAGAUGAAGAAUAAGGAGCAGACGGAUGACAUGUACAUCCCCAAGGAGACGGGCCACACCCCUGAGCCGACCGCCGAGCAUGAUGGGAAGGAGGCUCCAGUGAGGAGGCAGAGCGCAGCCAAUAGAAAGCCUCCGUUACAGAAGAGCUGCAGUCUGGAUGCAGACAAACAGUCUGACAGCAGACAGCAGUUUCACAGUGAGAAUCUCACCUCCUGCUACCGCUCCACCACCUCCGUCAGCCUCUCAUGCUCCCCAGCUGAGUCCGCCCGGUGGGUCCACGCCGUACACAGCCAAUUACAACUCGAGCGUCAGGCCACGCCUCCUGCCUAUGUGAUUGGCCCAACGUUCUCCGACAUCCAGAGGGCGUUUCAGAAGAAGGAGAUGCUCCUGCUCCCAGUUACACAGCUUCAGGAUGCGUCGGCAGGAUGCUCGUCCGAGUCCCGUGACGCGAUGGCGGCCGAUUCUCUCUCCGACGACGACUACGACUGCGCGUCGCCCGACGACGUUUCCCUGCCGCCGCUGGCAGAGACGCCGGAGUCCACCGCGGUCCAGUCAGAUCAGGAGGAGGACUUCUGUUUCAGCUCCUGCAGCCUCCACGUCAGCCAGUCUGGACGGCAGUCGGAGCCCGGCGGGACCAGUGGCUCCACUGGUGUGGCCCCGACUCCCCCGGCCAGCCGGCACAGCAGCAGCUUCAGAGCAGGGUCCAGUUUGUUUGUUCAUAGUCCGCUGACGGCACCUGGUACGAGUCUCCUCACCAGCGUCCUUAGGACCGGAAAGGCCAAUGGCCCCCGGAGUGAAGAUCUCUCCCCCAGCAAAACCGGGUCCCACAAAGACAACACCCCUCCACAAGACACCAGACCACCGCAGUCUUUCCCCGACUCGAGGAGUGACCUCCAUCAGGACCUGAAUCCCUUCAGAGCGAGGGAAGAAACCUCCGCAGGCUUCAAACCUCAGAGGGACACUAUAAUUACCCAUCAGCCCUUUUUCUUCCAGUUGUCCCCUCCAGACAGCUCCUUAACCCAAAAUGAGACCUCCGCGCGGAUCGAUCCUGACAGGACCCUUAAGUCCUGCGCACCUCUCCUCCAAAACACCGCCACCCUCCCUCGAGAAACAAGUGUUUUACCGUCUCACCUGGAUUUCGGAGGCCACCUUGAUCAGGAGGCACUUUCCUCCCAAACUCCCCAAAGCAUCAUCCCGACCACCGCAGAAGAACCCGUCUCCCUGAGUGGUGGAGGUCCACCUGACGUCCACGACCCUGUCCCUCCAGAGCCAAUCAGCAUCGAGCAGAACAAGCAGACGGUCCACUCGUUCCACGGGUCCUUGACCUCCAGCCGCACCCCAAAGUGUGUGCAUGACCUUGACAUGAUCCCGAGCAGCGCUGCCAAAUCUGCUGCCCCCCCUCCACCCGAAACGCCGAUCGGGGCUUUGGCUCCGCAGGCUGAUUCGCAUGUCCCUCCCCUUUUCUCUCCACCCCAUCUACUAACUGCAGACCGAGACCCAAACAUCUGUUGGCCCUUGGCCAUCCGGGAGGAGGGUAGAUUUAUUCCUCACAUCCGAGGGCCUUCUCCUCCUCCUCCUCCUCCCCCUCCUCCUCCUCCUCCUCCUCCCCUGGCCAAGGCAGUGUCUCUUUUCCAAGGAAAACCCUCUGAACACGGCCCUCCCUGCUUCAUCAGGCCCCUGUCUAGAGCCUCCGUCACGGGGGGCUCUCCAGUGAUGCUGGAGGUGGAGGAAACCUGGUGUAAAGACGGAGCGGCGCUGCUCCCUUGCCAGGACGGGCAGCACUUCCUGUUCACCCCCAAGGCGACCAAGGCUGGCGACGAUGAUGACGAUGAUGAUGAUGAUGAGUGGGUGCUGGCUCAGGUGUUUGGUAUUAUCAGUGUGGACUGGCACACCUGGUUGGGUACACUGUGUGUUCUGCUGUGGCUGAUCUACCUGAUUCUACUCUGAUGAGACUUAGGUGAUCAGGGACUUAUGGACUUAAGAAAUGGAUCUGUCCAGAAAACUUGACUCUAAAACCUGUUGACUUCAGUCUGUUUCAUCACAGCAGCACCAGCUGGACGUCAAAGGAACUCCAGCUGAACACUGAAUUGUAUUCAUUAUUUAUUAGUUAACUACUAUAAUAAUAUAUAUUCAUGUAGAAUUCUGAUCACUACUGUUAUUGUUGACUAUGAUUUUCUCUCCUACAGUAGAAUAGAACGGAUGAAUAAAAUCAUGUUGUGUAUAAUUUAUUCUCAUUUAUUUAUUUAACUUAAUGUCUCCGUUCAUUCAGAUCUGUGAUUUAAAUUUUAGGGUCAGACUAGUGAAGAGAGGACAAUAUGAUUCCUUCUGCAAAGUUUAACAGCGCAAUCAUAUUGAAUUUUAAAUGUCAAACGUUUUAAAUAAAAUGUAAACAUAAAAUUAUGUUGUUCGGGACAAUUAUAAAGGCAUGGUUCAGGUAAGCGGUGAAAAGUGAUAUAUCAUAUAUAUCAUCCGCUUAUUAGGUGUAAGUAAUUUGCGUCCCAUCUUUCUUUACAAAUGGAAGAAAAGUUUAAUUUUGACGGAAUAGAAACAAGUAAUGAUAAUGAUAAAAAUAACAAGAAUAAAUAAAAAUUAAAAAAAGGAAAAUAAAGAAAAAACAAGUGCAAGGCCCAUAUGUUUGAGUGUCUUUAAUGUCCUGUGGUUCACUGGGUGCACAGUUGCCCUGCGGUUCCUCUUCACACAGCGGGGCUGAAGGAGCUGUUCGGAGCUUCCAGGGCGUCCACCAUGGGGGGAUCAGGGAUGAUAGCUUAGUCACCAUCCUCCUGUCACCCACCACCCUGGCACACUGCUGGCCUUCUUGAUGAGUGUGUUGGGUCUCUUCCCGUCCU